UGUCCUAUUCUUUCUAUGCCAAUAAUAUUAUUCAAGAUGCAAACACCACAACUCGGCCCCUGUCAUCUAGGCUGUCAGACGUCAAAAUCUACUAUAAAGCCCCUCUCAAUCCCUACUUCUCGAAUCUGGCAUUUUCGAAGCCCUUCUACCAAUUCAGUAAGUCCUCAAAGUAAUUUGCAGCAAUCCGCAAUAUCCCGCGCGAAAAUGGUCUGCAAACUGGCCAUCAAAGUCCCUCUGUCGCCCUACACAAACGCCAAGCCAUGGCAAAGCGCGCAGCAACGUCCUUCAGGAUCCCGAGGUCUGCGGGACUCCACCGACUACAACAGCCCGUGCCACUCACCAUCCUCGGACACCAAGUGCAAGGGCAACGACGAGCACGGUGACGGCAGCAUGCUUCCUAGCCCGGGUGAGCGCUCAUCCCUAGGGUACCCCAAUGCCUUUUCCUCCAGUUCACUUUUCGAAUCCUUCCCCUCGUCCUUCCAGAAACACAAUCGCAAGCCCGUGCCCUUCGUCUCACCUGACAGUUCCUCCCCAAGAUCCUCCUCGGCCUCGCCUGCAGCGUCGCGGGCGCGGAAGGACCGUUGGGGCGGGCUAUGGAUACGAAUCCCGACCUCCUCGCCGCUGCGGGAGACGGUGGUGGAGGUGCGACAAAGAGAGUCGCAGAAGUGGGAGACGAUGGAAGAGACGCUGCUGAAGCUCAAGCAGGAGGAGGAGGAGCUAGAGCAGAGUCAGGCGGCGCAGCGGGCGGCGGUGCUGGAGAAACUGUGGAUCAUGGGGGUACACGUCGAAGACCGUAGGGGCAGUGGCGUGUCAAAUAGUGGAGGAGCGGAGGGAGAUUCAAGGUAGCUAGAAACAGAGGCUCUUCUUCUAGUAUAUAGUUCUUGCCGGACGCUCUCCUUUUUUCGAAGACGACAAGUAAAAUGAAAACCCAUUUCACCAGGUGAAAGAUUAUACUAGAUGGUAAGCAUCACAAAGGCGAAGACAACAGGAGAAUUUGAAAUAAU